UGAUUUGACUUAAAAAAGUAAACUUAAAAUAAAACAAAGAUUCGCUUUUUUACUUAAAUCUAUUAAUGUCGGUGGCUGCUAAUAUCAUUUGGUUUUCUAAAUAAUGUUUUUUUGAUUGUGAUAAACAGUUAUUUAAGGAUUUGGACACUAUUAAUUUCGUCCGUUGUCCACCACAAGACAUUUCCAUCAGCUGUUCUGGAUUUAUUUGUCAUCCAAUUGUUGUCAUUGAGAGGCUGGCCUUAAUAAUAAUUAAUAAUUUGCCUGCAUAAUUACAUUUAAUAAGUUGAAUUUGCUCUUUUGCAUAUACCACUAAAUACAGCUAAAAUGGAUUGGCUUUUUGGAAAAAAAUUGACCCCGGAGGAAAUGCUGCGUAAAAAUCAACGUGCCCUGAAUAAGGCAAUGCGAGAUUUAGAUAGAGAAAAGCAAAAGAUGGAACAACAGGAGAAAAAAAUUAUCAUGGAUAUUAAAAAAUUAGCUAAAGAAGGUCAAAUGGAUGCUGUCAAAAUAAUGGCAAAAGAUCUUGUUAGGACCCGGAGGUAUGUGAAGAAGUUCAUGCUGAUGAAAGCCAAUAUUCAAGCUGUCUCUUUGAAAAUUCAGACACUUAGAUCACAAAAUACUAUGGCUGAAGCCAUGAAAGGAGUGACUCGAGCUAUGGCUAGUAUGAAUAGACAAUUAAAUUUACCACAAAUUCAAAGAAUCCUACAAGAAUUUGAAAAACAGUCAGAAAUUAUGGAUAUGAAAGAAGAAGUUAUGAAUGAUGCUAUUGAUGAUGCUAUGGAGGCUGAUGGAGAUGAAGAGGAAAGUGAUGCUGUUGUGAGUCAAGUAUUAGAUGAACUAGGUUUACAACUGACAGAUCAGCUUUCAAAUCUGCCAGAUGCCGGAGGUGCUGUACCAGCAACCAGCCAAAAACAUCAUACUCCAGCUGCGGCAGUAUCCGGUGGUGGUGGAGGUGGGGGUAGUGUUUCAGAUAUUGAUGCAGAUUUACAAGCUCGAUUAGAUAAUUUGAGAAGAGAAUAGAAUACAGAUCGUGAUAAUAAAUGCUUGUUGUAUGUAAUAGUUUUCUACUAAACAUUUGCUAUUAAAUAUUUUAUGCAUAAGGAUAUGAAACUUAUGACAGAUAUAAUAAGGUCCACAUUGAAUAGUGACUUCAUAAUGUUAAAGCCCCUUUAUAUUUUGAGCUUGAAAAUGAUAAAUUUAAUAUAUAUGUAUAUAUUUGUU